CAGCAGUAGUACUCGGCCAGUCGACCGUCUCAUCAUGCUCCUCCUCUUGCUAGCGCUGGUAACGCUGACGGCCGCCGGCGUGCCCUCCGCCGACCGCUACCACCCGUCUAGCCGAGACUCUACCGCUGGUACGCCGGCGGCGCGAGCCCGCGAGGCCGAGGCUGGCUACUGGUACGAUGAGGCGCAGGCAGCUAUCAAAGCCCGGCUGGAGCGCAAAGAGAGCGUCAAGAAAGCACGCAACGUGGUCAUGUUCCUGGGCGACGGCAUGUCCGUGCCCACGCUCGCGGCCGCGAGGACACUGCUCGGCCAGCGGCGUGGAGACACCGGCGAGGAGGCGCAACUCGCCUUUGAGAAGUUCCCUACUUCAGGUUUAGUCAAAACGUACUGCGUGAACUCUCAAGUGGCGGAUUCUUCGUGCUCAGCGACCGCGUACCUGUGUGGCGUAAAAGCCAACCAGGGCACGCUCGGGCUGACGGCCGCCGUGCCGCGCUGGGACUGCGACGCGUCCACCGACACCACGCAGCACGUGCAGUCCAUCGCUGAGUGGGCCCUCGCAGACGGCCGCGACGCCGGGAUCGUGACGACGACGCGUAUCACUCACGCGUCCCCGGCCGGCGUGUACGCCAAGGUAGCCAACCGGCACUGGGAGAACGACGCCAAGGUCAGAGAGGACGGCCACGACCCGGCGCGCUGCCCCGACAUCGCGCACCAGCUCGUGCACAUGCGGCCUGGCAACCAAUUCAAAGUCAUAUUAGGAGGUGGGCGGCGUGAAUUCAUCCCAACCACGUCACAGGGAACCAGAACUGAUGGCCGCAACUUGAUCGAGGAAUGGCAGAACGACAAAGUUUCAAGAAACCUUGAUUACCGAUAUAUUAAUACCCGAGCACAGCUCAUUGAGUUGUUGUCUUCACCGCCAGAUUAUCUGCUGGGAUUGUUUGGAAACAAUCACCUCAACUACCAUAUGCAGUCUAAUCUCACGAUAGACCCAACGCUUGCAGAGCUAACUGAGAUAGCAAUCCGAUCCCUGAGUAGAAACGAGAAGGGCUUCUUCCUGUUCGUGGAAGGCGGCCGCAUCGACCACGCUCACCACGACAACCUCGUAGAGCUAGCGCUGGACGAGACGCUGGAGAUGGACAAGGCCGUGGCGCGCGCCGCCGAGCUGCUCUCAGAGGACGACUCGCUCAUUGUGGUCACAGCGGACCACGCACACGUCAUGGCUUUCAAUGGGUACUCGAGACGGGGACAUGACAUCCUCGGUCCUUCCAGAGACUUGGACGAAGACGGAGUGCCUUACAUGACGCUGUCUUACACUAACGGUCCCGGCUUCCGGGCGCAUGUGGACGGCAAACGCCCUAAUGUCACCGCCGAGUCAAAUUACAGAGAUUUAGAGUGGCAGGCCCACGUAGACGUACCACUGGACUCGGAGACGCACGGUGGGGACGACGUGGCGGUGUUUGCGCGCGGGCCGCACCACUCCAUGUUCACGGGGCUGUACGAGCAGAGCCAGCUGCCGCACCUCAUGGCGUACGCCGCCUGCAUCGGCCCCGGCAGACACGCCUGCAGCGGCGCCACGCAUGUGCUGGUAUCGCCGAUGCAUAUAGUGGUCAUGGGUGCCGUUUUAACAGUACUCUCUCAAACUUUUAUCGCGUAACUAUUAAGAUCUGAUUUAUGUAAACUCAAAGACGGCCAAGAUACAGGUUCAGCCAAAUUGGGCGCAAAUAAAACUUAUAAUUAUAACAUUAUUUAUUGGAAUUGAUGUUUUGAUUUUCGCCGUACCAUCUCGCCUU